UAUACCAUCUAUACUUGCAAUUUGCAACAAUUUGCUGACUGUAUACCAUAUACUAUUAAAAAGGGUAAAGUCAUUUUGAGGUUUCUGCAAAACACAGUGAAUAUUUUUGACAGUUGGAAUAAUGUCGGCGAGAUAUGACAGAGCAAUUACGGUAUUUUCGCCGGACGGACAUUUGCUCCAAGUGGAAUACGCUCAAGAAGCAGUUAAAAAGGGAUCGACAGCGGUUGGUGUGCGUGGAGCUGGGGUAGUAGUUCUAGGAGUAGAAAAAAAAUCUGUAGCCAAACUGCAAGAAGAACGUACUGUACGCAAAAUAUGUCUGUUGGAUGAUCAUGUAAUUAUGGCCUUUGCAGGUUUAACUGCGGAUGCAAGAGUAUUAAUCAAUCGAGCUCAAGUUGAAUGUCAGAGCCACAAGUUGACAGUAGAAGAUCCUGUUACCUUGGAAUAUAUCACAAGAUAUAUUGCAGGUUUAAAGCAAAAAUAUACACAGAGUAAUGGUCGUAGACCUUUUGGAAUAUCUUGUCUUUUAGCUGGAUUUGAUUACGACGGUACAGCGCAUUUAUAUCAAACAGAGCCAUCCGGCAUAUAUUACGAAUGGAAGGCAAAUGCAACAGGUCGCAAUGCUAAGACUGUUCAUGAAUUCUUGGAAAAGUUUUACACUCCUGAAGAAGUAUCUACAGAAAAAGGUUGUAUAAAAUUAGCGAUUAGAGCGCUGCUUGAGGUAGUACAAUCUGGACAAAAAAAUUUGGAAAUAGCUGUAAUGCGACGCGGACAACCGUUGCAGAUGUUAGAUACAAACACUAUAGGUGAAUAUGUAACAGAAAUCGAAAAGGAAAAAGAAGCAGAGGCGGAAAAGAAAAAGCAGAAAAAGUGAUGUCAUUGUACCCCAUUGUGCACGCUUUUAUUGUAUCUUAUUAAUUUUUCUUAUAAAAUAAAUGAAGUACACAUUUAAGACGA